UGCUUGUCGUCAUCAUCUAACCAUUACGGGUGGAAGAGGUAAAAGGAGGAAAUCCAUGUCGUUGGUAGCCUUUGUCAUGCUGACCUUCACCAUCAUGAUCCUUGGUGCGACUCCUCGACUGGCGCAUGGAAGGAAACAUUACGGUCGGAGAGAAGGUGUCGUGACAGAGACGUAUGCUGCUGCAAAUGCCUCAGCUGAUAGUUCGAAUGGCUCGUUAGCUUAUGCGGAGGGGGGGAUGAACAUGUCCAUGAAUGCGACAUCCCAGGAGAAAGGAGGCGAGAGUGGAUACGUGGGGAUCUCAGCAUCGCAGACCGUAUGGGACCCAAGCUCCGCAGAGGCAGGUGCAUCGGCCAACGAGAAGAAGACACGUGUCUAUGCUGGAGGCUCGUCGGCUGAUCCAGAAGUGAAGGAGGGCGGCGACCUGCUCAAAGUCAUGAAAGCCGUUCGUGCCAGACAGAUGAAUAACAGCACCGCCAAUUCAAACGGAAGGCUCCAGAUUGAUGGUGUAGGUACUGCUGAGGAGGAGGGGGAGGAGGAGGAGGCGGAGGAAGAGAAGGAGAAGAAGAGAAUGACGAAGACGACGAAGAAGAAAAAGGUUAGAAAGGAGCAUUUUUGGACUACGGCCAACAGAGCAGCAGGGAAUCGAAAUGCCACAGGCCGGGCCGAUGUUGUAGGGGUUCAAAACCAUGGUGUGAAAAUUAGGCAAUAGGGGGUUGUAGCAGCCACAGAGGCAAGAACAGGAGUGUUUCACCCAUGCUAUGCAGAGGCUGCAGAGCAGCCAGACAGAAAAAAAGGGGCGUAUCAGAGACUUGCAAAGUGCCUCAACCUGCGUAAACCUGCGACUUCCACGACUUUAACUCAGUCUAAUUUUCACUUAAUGAGAAAGCAAAGCAGAUUUAGAAACCCUGGGACAAUUAGAGAUACAGAAGGGCCAGUAGGCAAGCAGCUGAAGACCACUGGGCAGGGGGUGGAGGACCCCGCCACUGCAGUACAUUUGAGAUAGAAGUUUGGUCUCUGUCCACCUCAGACUCUGUGCCUCUGAGGUGAAUGGCCAGUUAAUCCCCUCGUUCGUCAAAGGGCAAUCAAUGCUAACCAUGACA